ACUCCUCCGGAGUUUCCAUGGAGACCGAGGCCCGGCCGGCGCGGCCUCGCGGCGUUGCCAUGGAGACAACUCCGGGGCUGGAGCUCCGAAGCUCGGGCUCACCGCUGUCUCAGAACCCUGCGGAGCGGCUGUGCGAGACCGAAGCCGCGGUGGCGGCGGCACGCUGGGACCUGAGAAAACACUCUUUGCUCAUCGUGAUCGGCGAUAUCGGUACAGAGAGCCAGCUGAGGGCCGUGCGGGCCCACCUUGAACAAGGGAUUCUCUCCUGGAACAUUGACUUAUCAUCCUUUGACUUGAACCAACAGUUGAGACUCUUCAUUACCCGGCACCUAGCUCACUUCUCCUCAGAGGUCAAAGGCCAGAGGACCCUCUGCCACCAGAGUGAGAUCCUAGAGACCAUCAUCCUGGUAAACCCCAGUGCAGACAGCAUCAGCUCUGAGGUUCACCAUCUCCUUAGUAGCCCAUCGGCUCACAAACUACUGAUCUUGAGUGGGCAAAAUUUAGAGCCUGGGGGAGACCUCAUCCUUCAGAGUGGUACCUACUCCUAUGAAAAUUUUGCACAGGUCCUUCACAACCCAGAGAUUGCCCAAUUGCUCAGCAAUAGAGACCCUGGAAUCCAGGCCUUCCUCACUGUGUCCUGCUUAGGGGAGGGUGAUUGGAGCCACCUGGGACUGUCCAGUUCCCAAGAGACCCUGCAUCUCCGGCUAAACCCUGAACCCAUACUACCCACCAUGGAUGGUGUGGCUGAAUUCUCCGAGUACGUUUCUGAGACUGUGGAUGUGCCAUCCCCCUUUGACCUGCUUGAACCCCCCACUUCAGGGGGCUUCCUCAAACUCUCCAAGCCUUGCUGCUAUAUCUUCCCAGGUGGCCGAGGGGACUCUGCCCUCUUUGCUGUCAAUGGUUUCAACAUUCUGGUAGAUGGCGGUUCUGAUCGCAAGUCCUGCUUCUGGAAGCUGGUGCGCCACCUGGACCGCAUUGACUCAGUGUUGCUCACUCACAUUGGGGCAGACAACCUGCCAGGCAUCAAUGGACUCCUGCAGCGCAAAGUGGCAGAACUAGAGGAGGAGCAGUCCCAGGGCUCCAGCAGCUACAGUGAUUGGGUGAAAAACCUCAUCUCCCCUGAGCUUGGAGUUGUCUUUUUCAACGUGCCCGAUAAGCUGCGGCUGCCUGAUGCCUCCCGGAAGGCCAAGCGCAGCAUUGAGGAGGCCUGCCUCACUCUUCAGCACCUAAACCGCUUGGGCAUCCAGGCCGAGCCUCUGUACCGUGUGGUCAGCAACACUAUUGAGCCACUGACCCUUUUCCACAAAAUGGGUGUGGGCCGACUGGACAUGUAUGUUCUCAACCCUGUCAAGGACAGCAAGGAAAUGCAGUUUCUCAUGCAAAAGUGGGCAGGCAAUAGUAAAGCCAAGACAGGCAUUGUGUUGGCCAAUGGGAAAGAGGCUGAAAUCUCAGUACCCUACUUGACCUCUAUCACAGCUCUUGUGGUCUGGCUACCAGCCAACCCUACUGAGAAGAUUGUACGUGUGCUUUUUCCAGGAAAUGCUCCCCAGAACAAGAUCUUGGAGGGCCUGGAAAAGCUUCGGCAUCUGGACUUUCUGCGCUACCCUGUGGCCACACAGAAGGACCUGGCUGCUGGGGCUGUGCCUGCUAACCUGAAGCCUAGCAAAAUCAAACAGCGGACUGACAGCAAAGAGAGCCUUAAAGCUGCUACCAAGACAGCUGUGAGCAAGCUGGCCAAACGGGAGGAAGUAGCAGAAGAGGGAGCCAAGGAGGCCCGCUCAGAGCUGGCCAAGGAGUUAGCCAAGACAGAGAAGAAGUCAAAAGAGCCAUCUGAGAAGCCCCCAGAGAAGCCUGCCAAACCUGAGAGGGUGAGGACAGAGUCAAGUGAGGUACUGAAGGCAGAGAAGCGAAAGCUGAUCAAGGACAAGGUAGGGAAGAAGCACCUUAAAGAAAAGAUAUCAAAGCUAGAAGAGAAAAAAGACAAGGAGAAAAAAGAGAUCAAGAAGGAGAGGAAGGAGCUCAAGAAGGAUGAAGGAAGGAAAGAAGAGAAAAAGGAUGUCAAGAAGGAGGAGAAGAGGAAAGAUACCAAACCUGAGGCAAAGAAAAUUUCCAAACCAGACCUGAAGCCCUUUACCCCUGAGGUACGUAAGACCCUCUACAAAGCCAAGGCCCCUGGAAGAAUCAAGAUGGACAAGAGCCGGGCUUCCCGGGGGGAGAAGGAACUGUCUUCUGAGCCUCGGACACCCCCAGUGCAGAAGGGGACUGUACCACUCCCAAAUGUCAGUGGACACAGGGAGAUGGUCCUAUCCUCACCAGAGGACCUCACACAGGACUUUGAGGAGAUGAAACGUGAGGAGAGAGGUUUGCUGGCUGAACAAAGGGACAUAGGACUAGGAGAGAAGCCACUCCCUGUAGAUACUACAGAGGAGGGACCUCCAAGCACAGCUAUAGAGGGAACACAACUCUCUGCCCCCAGGCUGGAACAAGAGGAGCAGGUAAUGAAGGAGAAAGAAGUUAUCUCAGACCUCCCUGAAGAACAAGGCAGCAAAGACAGAGGCCCAGACUCUGGGGCUGAAACAGAGGAAGAGAAAGAUACCUGGGAGGAAAAGAAGCAGAGGGACACAGAGAAGCUUCCAGAGACAGCAGAAGCCAGAGAGGAAAAUGAACCUGAGGCAAAGGAGGAUGUGAUAGAAAAGGCUGAGGUAGAAGAAAUGGAGGAGGUGCACCCUUCAGAUGAAGAAGAAGAGGAAGAGACAAAGGCUGUGGGUUUUUACCAAAAACAUAUGCAGGAAGCCUUGAAGGUAAUCCCAAAGGGCAGGGAGGCUCUUGGGGGCCGGGAAUUGGGACUCCAGGGAAAGGUGCCUGAAAGGGAGACCUCAUCAUUCCUAAGCAGCCUGGCCACCCCUGCAGGAGCAACUGAGCACGUCUCUUACAUCCAGGAUGAGACGAUCCCUGGUUACUCAGAGACUGAGCAGACCAUCUCAGAUGAAGAGAUCCAUGAUGAACCAGAGGAACGCCCAGCUCCACCCAGAUUCCCUACAAGUACAUAUGACCUCCCUGGGCCUGAAGGUCCUGGUCCCUUUGAAGCCAGCCAGCCUGCUGAUAUUGCUGUUCCUGUCACCUCAAGCAAAGGCUAUGGAGCACCAGAGACUGAACUCACCUACCCGCCCAACAUGGUGGCUGCCCCUUUGGCUGAAGAGGAGCAUGUAUCUUCAGCCACUUCAAUCACUGAGUGUGACAAGCUUUCUUCCUUUGCCACAUCAGUGGCUGAGGACCAGUCCGUGGCCUCACUUACAGCUCCCCAGACAGAGGAAACAGGCAAAAGCUCCUUGCUACUUGAUACAGUCACAAGCAUCCCCUCCUCCCGCACUGAAGCUACUCAGGGCUUAGAUUAUGUGCCAUCAGCAGGUACCAUCUCACCCACUUCCUCCCUGGAAGAAGACAAGGGCUUCAAAUCACCACCCUGUGAGGACUUCUCUGUGACUGGGGAGUCAGAGAGAAGAGGAGAGGUUGUAGGGAGAGGUUUGGCUGGGGAGAGAGUUGUGGAAGAGGAAGAGAAGAGGGCAAAUGUAGAGAUGUCUGAGAAACUUCACAGUCAAUAUGGAACUCCAGUGUUUGGUACUCCUGGACAUACCUUACGUCCAGGGGAACCAGCCCUUGGAGAAAUAGAGGAGCGGUGCCUCAGCCCAGAUGAUAGUACAGUGAAGAUGGCUUCUCCUCCUCCAUCUGGCCCACCCAGUGCCACCCAUACACCCUUUCAUCAGUCCCCGGUUGAAGAUAAGUCUGAGCCCCAAGAUUUUCAAGAAGAUGACUCAUGGGGGGACACUAAGCACACACCAGUUGUGGGCAAGGAAGAUGCUGCCAAAGAGUCAGUCAAGCCAGGGCCUGAAGAGGGAACACUAGAGAAAGAGGAAAAGGUGCCUCCUCCCAAGAGCCCACAGGCCCAGGAAGCACCUGCCAGCAUUGUUGGGAUACAUACCGGCUGCACCAUUCAGCUAUUGCCAGAACAGGACAAAGCAAUAGUCUUUGAAACCAUAGAGGCAGGAGAGACUAUGGAGGCAGGAAUUGGGCUUCCAGGCCCAAUUUUGGGAACAGAAGCCAUUCCCAGAGAAUUGAGGACAUCACUCCAAGAACCUGGUGAACCUCAGAAAGAUGAGACACUCCUAAUUCCUGAUCAAAGCCUUUCCCCUGAAGAUGCAGAGUCUCUGUCUGUCCUCAGUGUAGUCUCUCCAGAUACCGCCAAACAAGAGCCUACUCCCAGAUCUCCCUGUGGUCUGACAGAGAAGCACUUACAUAAAGAUCUUUGGCCAGAGUUUUCUCCAGAAGGCACACAAUCACCUUCUCUGUCAGAAGAGAGUCCUAGCAAGGAGACCUCUCUGGAUAUCUCUUCAAAGCAGCUCUCUCCAGAAAGCCUUGGCACCCUCCAGUUUGGAGAACUAAGCCUUGAAAAGGAUGAAAAGGGGCCUCUAAUGCAGGUUGAUGACACCUCUUACCAUCUAGCUCCUGUAUCUGUUCCAGAGCCCAAUGUAGCCACAGUGUCACCUCCCACAGAUGGGACCACUGUAUAUUCUUCACAGAUACAUAUCACAGAUGAGAGCCCUGACAGAAAAUUACCUGCCAGCUCCUUCUCUCACUCUACACUGUCAGGGGAUGGAAAGCACUCACCUGGGGUAAUCACGAGCCCCAGUGAACAUCUAACAUCUGAUAACUCCCUCACCAAGAGUCCUGAGUCUUUGCCAAGUCCUGCCAUGGAAGACAUUGCCAUGGAGUGGGAAGGUAAGGUUCUGGGGUUGAAAGACAGAACCCCAGAGCAGGAAGACAAAGAACCCGAGCCAAAGGAUGAAAUCCUACAUCAAAAGGACAGAAUUCUGCACCAGAAAGAUAUUGUUGUAGAGCAAAGGGAUACAACCAUGCAUCAAAAAGGUGAGACUUUGGAAGAAAAGGUUAAGGCUUUGGGACAGCAGGAUAAGGAUUUGGAACAAAAAGGCAAAGACAUAGGCCAAAAGGAUACAUGGCUAGAGCAGAAGACAAAAGACAAAGUCUUAGAACAACAAGAUGAGCUCCUGGAACAGAAGGACAAGAUCCCAGGAGAAAAAGACAAGGUCACAGCCCUGGAACAAAAGGACAUAGCACUAGAACAGAAGGACAAGGCCACAGAAUCAAAAGAUAAAGAAAAAAAACAUAGUGACUUAGAACAAAAAGACAAAGUCCUGGAACAGAAGGACCAAACACUUGAAUCAAAAGACAAGGAACAAAAAGACAAGAUCUUGGAACAAAAAGACAAGAUUGGAGAAGAGAAAGACAAAGCCGUAGAACAAAGAGUGCAAGAUUCUGAACAUAAAGAUAAGGUUCCAGAAGACAAAGUCCCUGAAACAAAGGGCAAAGCCCUAGAACAGACAGACAGAAUUCUUGAACAGAAAGACAAGACCCAGGAACAGGAUAAGGCCUUAGAAAAGAAAGAUCAGUCCUUAGAACAAAAAUAUUGGGCCUUAGGAAAGAAGGAUGAAGCCCUGGAACAAGACAGUAAGGUUGCUGAACAGAAAGAUAAGGCUUUGGAAGAAAAGGACAAAACUCAGGGACAGGAAAGCUUCAUUCAGGAGGAUAAAACCAUGAAACCAAAGGAGACAACAGUAGAAGAAAAAUCUCCAGAAAAGGUCAGAGCUGCAGAACAGAAGGGAGGAACUCUGCUGGAGAAGACCAAAGCUCUGGGACUGGAAGAGAGUCCAGUUCAGGAGGAACAGGGCCAAGAGCAGGAAGACAGGUACUGGGAGGAGCAGGGUAUGGUCCGGGAGUGGCAAGAAACACCUCCAAUCAGAGAGGAGCCAGUUGGAAAACAGAAAGAUCCUGUACCAGUGUGGAAGGACACAUCUCCUGAGCAGGAAGUCAGGUAUUGGAGGGACAGAGAUGUGACACUCGAACAGGAUGCAUACUGGAGACAGCUGAGCUGUGAGAGGAAGGUCUGGUUCCCUCACGAACUGGAUGGCCAGGGUGUCCGCCCACGGUACACCCAGGAACGAGAGAGCACUUUCCUCGAUGAGGGACCAGAUGAACAGGAAGUAUCCCCUCUGCAGCAGACGCCCCGGAGUCCCUGGGCCUCAGAUUUCAAGGAUUUCCAGGAGACUUCACCACAAAAAGGGCUGGAAGUGGAGCGCUGGCUUGCCGAGUCACCAGUUGGGCUGCCACCAGAGGAAGAGGACAAGCUGACCCGCUCUCCCUUUGAGAUCAUCUCCCCUCCAACCUCUCCACCUGAAAUGGUUGGACAGCGGGUUCCUUCAGCCCCAGGACAAGAAAGUCCUAUUCCAGAGACUAAGCCCAUGCCCCCCAUGAGGAAUGAACCCACCACCCCCUCAUGGUUGGCUGACAUCCCACCGUGGGUGCCUAAGGAUAGACCCCUUCCCCCUGCACCCCUCUCCCCAGCUCCAGCUCCUCCUACACCUGCUCCAGAGCCACACACUCCUGCACCCUUCUCCUGGGGCACAGCUGAGUAUGACAGUGUAGUGGCUGCAGUGCAGGAGGGGGCAGCUGAGUUGGAAGGAGGACCAUACUCCCCCCUAGGGAAGGACUACCGCAAGGCUGAAGGGGAAAGGGAAGGGGAAAGUGGAGCUGGGGCUCCUGAAAGCAGCCCCUGUAGCUCAAAGGUCCCAGAGGCCAGUGAGAGCCAUGCCACCAGGGAUACUGAACAGACUGAGCCAGAACAAAGGGAGCCCACACCCUAUCCUGAUGAGAGAAGCUUUCAGUAUGCAGACAUCUAUGAGCAGAUGAUGCUUACUGGACUUGGCCCUGCAUGCCCCACUAGGGAGCCUCCACUUGGUGCAGCUGGGGAUUGGCCCCCACGCCUCUCAACCAAAGAGGAAGCUGCUGGCCGAGACACGUCUGCAGAGAAGGAGCUUUCUUCUCCUGUCUCACCCAAGAACCUCCAAUCUGACACUUCAAGCUUUAGCUAUGCAGCCCUGGCAGGUCCCACUGUGCCCCCCAGGCAGGAGCCUGAGCUAGGGCUUAGUGUGGAGCCCAGCCUCGUUCCACCUGCAGUGCCCCCCCGUGUCCCUAUACCCCUCAGCAAAGGCCCAAGCCCUCCUCUCAAUGGUAACAUUCUAACCUGUAGACCAGAUAGGAGGACCCCGUCCCCCAAAGAAUCAGUCCAGGGUCACUGGGAUGACAGCACUAGUGACUCAGAGCUGGAGAAGGGGGCUCGGGAACAGCCAGAAAAAGAGACUCAGUCCCCAAGUCCCCCUCGUCCCACCCCUGCAGGGCCCUCCACAUUGUGGCCUGAAACUCAGACACAUACCAGCCCUUCCAUGGACUCACACCUGGGUCCUGCCCGACCCAGCCUGGACUUCCCUGCUUCAGCCUUUGGUUUUUCUUCAUUGCAGCCUGCUCCCCCUCAGCUGCCCUCUCCAGCUGAACCCCGCUCUGCACCCUGUGGCUCUCUCGCCUUCUCUGGGGACCGAGCUCUGGCUCUGGCUCCAGGACCCCCAGCCAGAACCCAGCAUGAUGAAUACUUGGAAGUGACCAAGGCCCCCAGCCUGGACUCCUCUCUGCCCCAGCUCCCAUCACCCAGCUCUCCUGGAGCCCCUCUCCUCUCCAGUCUGCCACGACCUGCCUCGCCAGCCUUGUCUGAAGGCUCCUCCUCUGAGGCUACCACACCUGUGAUUUCAAGUGUGGCUGAGCGCUUCCCUUCAGGCCUGGAAGCUGCAGAACAGGGGUCAGGAGAGCUGGACCCAGGAAUGGAGCCAGCUGCCCACAGCCUCUGGGACCUCACUCCUCUGAGCCCAGCACCCCCAGCUUCACUGGAGUUGGCCCCGGCUCCAGCUCCAAGCUUGGCUAGAGACAUGGAUGAUGGCACCCUGCCCUGCCGCCUAGAGUGCUCAGGGGAAGCCACCAAGAAGCUGAGCCCCUGCCAGGGUCCCACUGGGGAUUGUGCAGCCAAUGGCCCAACUGAAACCAGCCCGAAUCCCCCAGGCCCUGCCACAGCCAAGACGGAAAAAGAAGAGGCUAAGGCCUGUCCUGCUUGGGAACGAGGGGCCUGGCCUGAGGGAGCUGAGAGAAGCUCUCGGCCUGACACACUGCUCUCUCCUGAGCAGCCCCUGUGUCCUGGAGAGGGUUCUGUUGGCUCACCCCACAGUGUCUCUUCUGAGGUUGAGGCUGGGCCUCAGGGAUGUGCUGCCGAUCCCCGGCCACACCGUGGGGAGCUUUCCCCAUCCUUCCUGAACCCCCCUCUGCCCCCAUUCACAGAUGACAGUGACCCUUCAACUGAAGAAGCUCGAUUGCUAGGAAAAGUGGGGCGGCGCCGGGCUGGAGGUCCAGGGGCCACAGGGGGCCCAUGCCCUGUGGCUGAUGAGACACCCCCCACGUCAGCCAGUGACUCAGGCUCCUCACAGUCAGAUUCUGAUGUUCCACCAGAAACUGAGGAGUGUCCGUCCAUCACAGCUGAGGCAGUGCUAGACUCAGAUGAAGAUGGGGACUUCUUACCUGUGGACAAAGCUGGGGGGGUCAGUGGAACUCACCAUCCCAGACCUGGCCAUGACCCACCCCCUGUUCCCCAGCCAGACCCCCACCCAUCCCCUCCCCGCCCUGAUGUGUGCAUGGCUGACCCUGAGGGGCUCAGCUCAGAGUCUGGGAGGGUAGAGAGGCUUCGAGAAAAGGAGAAGGCUCAGGGGCGAGUAGGGCGCCGGGCCCCAGGCCGGGCCAAGCCAGCAUCCCCGGCACGACGUCUGGAUCUUCGGGGAAAACGUUCACCCACCCCUGGUAAAGGGCCUGUAGAUCGUGCAUCUCGGGCACCCCCCCGACCACGCAGCACUACAACCCAGGUCACCCCAGCAGAGGAAAAGGAUGGACAUAGCCCCAUGUCCAAAGGCCUAGUCAAUGGACUCAAGGCAGGACCAAUGACCUUAGGUUCCAAGGGUGGCUCUGGCUCCCCUGUAUACGUGGAUCUCGCCUAUAUACCAAAUCAUUGUAGUGGCAAGACUGCUGACCUUGAUUUCUUCCGUCGAGUCCGUGCAUCCUACUAUGUGGUCAGUGGGAAUGACCCUGCCAAUGGCGAGCCAAGCCGGGCUGUGCUGGAUGCCCUGCUGGAGGGCAAGGCUCAGUGGGGGGAGAAUCUUCAGGUGACUCUGAUCCCCACUCAUGACACGGAGGUGACUCGUGAGUGGUACCAGCAGACUCAUGAGCAGCAGCAGCAACUGAACGUCUUGGUCCUGGCUAGUAGCAGCACUGUGGUCAUGCAGGAUGAGUCCUUCCCAGCCUGCAAGAUUGAGUUCUGAAAGAACCUCCCUCCCUUACCCAGGAUCCACUCCCCCAGCUCCUUUAGAGAAUGGCUACUGCUGUGUCCUUUGGGGAUGUGGGAGAUGGAGCUGGGGGGUGGGCAGUGUCUUGCUGUGGGGACUUGGUCUGGGCUAAAUGGGAGGUAUUAUCCCUUCCCUUCAUUAAUUUCUGAGAGGGGUCUUAAAACCAAAGGUAACAGGGAUAGUAUGAGGGAGGGCAAAAAAUUAGGAUAAGAGGUCACCCCAUGCCUGAGAACCCUGGAGUGGUACCCUCUCCUAGCACUGCCAAGUUUGGUAUUGGAUGGGGAGUGAGGAUGGGUCUCAGCAACCUCCUCCCUCAUGGAGGGAGAUUAUAUCCCCAAUCCCAGGGGCCUCCUUAUCUCUAUUUAUUUAGCAUCCCUGGAAGGAUUUCCAUUAGUAAUUUAUGUGGGGAUAGGAUACUAUCAGUGAGGUGCCCACAGCUGCACCCUUUCCUCCAUCUUCCAUUCCUUUUGCUGCCAAGGUCUGAGUUCUAGCAGGGGUCUUAGGGUACACCACUGCUACACUGUCCUACUGCUUCUUCAGUAUCUGAAUGUCUCAAUCCAAAACUUGAAGCUCUUUAGACCAACAGACUGGUGAGAGGAGAAAGGAACUUAUCUCCCAGUCCCUGCUUCAUACCAUUCACAUCCUAGGGCUGUACCCAGACCAGGCCUAUAAGGCAGCACAAAAGGGCAAGGAGAGCCCCAGUCCCAAUCCCAAUUCUUCCAAACUCCCUGACCCUUUGAAGUUUUCAGUCACCCCAUUCUAAUUAUCCUGACACCUUCACAUCCUCUGCUUGGCUUCUCUGCAUGUGGUCAUCUGCUGUGGCCUGGUGUGUAAUGGGUUAAAAAUAAGCCACUGCCUGACAUCCCAACAUUUGACACCCCAGCCAUGUGUGACUCCCCCAACAUUUCACUAUGCCAUUCUGCAGCUGAAAUGGGAACACUGGCUGCCUCUCCAAACCCAAAGUCUUGGAAAGAGGAUCUGGAAGGUGGAGACCAAGCCAGCGGACUUGGGGGACAAAGGGAGGAAGGAAAGAGGGAGAUGAAACUGAGCUAUAGCUUAACUCCUACAGAGUGAAGUGAAAAUACCACCCCAGGAGAGGACCUCACCCCAAGCAAGCCAGUGAGCAGCCCCGUCAGACUACUGCUGGACUGAGAAAUCCAGACGCUGAUAGUCAUUGGGGCUCACCUUCUCUGCCAAGUGACUGAGAAACCAAAAUGAGCCCACCUUGUGUUCUUCCUAGCUCCCACCCUCUCCGUGCUGCUGUGCUCUGCUCCUCCCUGCACUUUUCCUGCUAUAGUUCCCAGCUGCUGUAACAGAGCUGCCUCCAAGUCUAACAAUAAAUCAAGUUCAUUGCA